UCAACAGCAGUGCAAUUUGUUGAAAAAUGAAGACCUAUAGUCUGUCCAUACUCUCAAACACCUGCAAUACGUCACUAGCGCGAUCAUGCUAGGGUUGGCAGUGGCAGUUGCUGUGUCGGGGACGUAGUAUUUUGUACAAUGGAGUCGGCUCAGUCGGUGAAGAAAAAACCGCGCGUCCAGUGGACUGAAAAGGAGACCUGGGCGCUGAUAAAGCUAUGGGAGGACCAUUUGGACGCCUUGCGAGGGCAAAAGCACAACGGUGGAGUUUACCAGGCGAUUGCCGAGAGCCUCACCGACGCCGGUAUUCCCCGUACACGGGCGCAAGUUCACAGUAAAAUCGACAACUUGACACAGACAUUCAGAAAAAUUGAGCGAGAGCUCACGACAGGCUCCUCACCACCAACGUGGCCAUACUAUAAAGAACUGAAGAGGUUCAUUGGCUGCCUGCCGAUAAAUGAUCUGUCCCUCAUGGAGGAAAGCUGCUGCGACACCAGUAGCGACACUGUUGAGAAGCUGAUCUACGAAAUGGAGAGCGGAAUCAGUUCCGAGGCUACUGAAACUAACAGCCCGCCAGUGCCAGGAACAUCAAAUGAACAGACGCCACCACCUGCACCCACCACGCAGUCGACUCCGAGCCCUGCAACAAAUACGGCAGCACGGGCAGCAAGGAAGCGACGGCGGCCACUGACCGCAGCGCGCGAAUUCCAAGAGGCUAUGCUGGCUGAACAAAAAAUGCUACGAGAGCAGCUGGAGCGAGCUCAGCAAGCCGAGGUAGAGCUGAGAUCUAAACACCUCCAGCUUCAAGAAAAGCUUGUAAAUGCCCUCGUUGAUUUCAUCAAUAAAAAAUGAGGCAGAAAAA